AUGAUUGAUGCUUUCCGAGAAAGUGUGGGCAUCAGCUUAACUGUGUUCAAGAUAGGUGUGACCUCCAACCCUGUCCCUCGCUUCGUGCUCUAUCGCACAAAGCAUUUUACAAACAUGUGGGUCAUUCACUCAAGUAUGGAUGUGAAGGAAACCCACAUGCUGGAGGCUGCACUCAUCUUGUUCUACCAAGAUUCCGUGGGUUGUCAGAACAAACCCAGCAGUGGCGGGGAAGGGGCCCUGAAUCGGAAAACCGCAGUGGGACCAUUCUACACCUAUGUCGUUGGUGGUAGAGCUGACCAGAACAAAAGAGCUCCAUGCAAAUUCGCUGUGGAGCAGGCGCAGGCGGCUCUGAACGAAGCAGGUGGAGUUGGGACACCUGCCUUGAAGGAGUUUGCUGCAAUCAAACUGAAUGAUGCAGAGGCUCCCGCUCACAAGCUUUUUCACAAGUACGGCCUUAGUGCGGACGUAGCUAUGAAAACGAUAGACGUUGGCCCUGGGGAACUCAAGAAAUUCCCGUACUUGCCGUUUUCGGAAUGGGUGAAGUUUUUGCUUGACAACGACAAAGUUGAGCAGCUGGUUGGAGUGCCAGCUCAGGAGAGACCAGAACUUCUUCAAGAGUUCUGGUGCAGAUUUGAGAAACUACAUCCAGCUCAUGACAUAUUCAACCUCAGUCGCGAAGGACGUGUCGAUCUUCGCAAAACCAUACCAGUUUAUUGUCACGUUGACAAUCGUCGCACCUACAAGUCGAAGGGUCUCUUUGUGCUUCCCGUGCACGGAGUUUUGGGGCGGGGAACAGCUUCAUACAAGCGCCGCGUGGGGGUUGAGAAACCCAUCAUCAAAGAAAACCCAAUGGGCAUGAACUACAUUGGCAACGCGUGGGGAACACAGUUUUUCUUCUGCUCAUUGCUGCGAUCAGUGAUGCAAGAGGAUGAGGCUGUGCUCGACAAAGUGCUUUCCGUGUUUUCCAAGGACAUGGAAGAGCUGGCAAUCAGUGGUGUCCAGAACACCCGGGGAGAUGAUCGGUUGUGGGUCUUGCUCCUGGCCGUGAAGGGCGACCUUCCGGCUUUAUCCAAAGUCGGAAAUUUUGAGAGACAUUAUCUUCGAGCUCCCAAGCGUGCUACGUCAAAGAAUGCUUGCAUUGGGAUAUGUUGGCUUUGCAAAGCCGGGCAGGAAGUUCCGGAUGCCAUCCCGUACGAGGACUAUCGCGAGACCUCUUUGUGGCGCACCACCUUUUUGAGCGACACGCCGUGGCGCAACCGCCCAGCCAUUCUUGGUUCCAUACCAGUUGACAGAACAUCCGAGCCCUUGUUCUUCCGCACGGACCUUUGGCACAACUGGCACAACGAGCUCUCGAAAUACUUCAUCGGAAAUGCGAUUCACCUGUGGAUUGUGACGCCAGGUUUGAUCCCGGCCGGAACGAUAGAGCUGAAAUUUCAGUUCUUGACCGCAGACUACCUGAACUAUUGCUCCACGCCCGGAAUCACUCCCUAUUUGAAGGAAAUCAAUCGUGACACAAUUUCGUUCGACAGCGCCCAGAGCCAGCCGCACGGGAAUUGGAACAAGGCCUUGGUGUCCACCCACCUCAUGCUCUACCUCCAGGACUUUUGUCUUCGUUUCGUGGAUGGCAAGUUUGAUGAGGAUUACUUGUUGAGGACAGUGGCCCCUUUCUAUGUACAAUGA